UCCUCUACUACCUCCCCUCAAUGAGGAAACACCAGCUACUGUAUGAUGACAUGAGAAUCUGUAACAGACGCACUAUAUGAAACCUUAACAUGCGAAUAACAUCAACCACAAAGGGUGCAAGGAGAGAAUGGAAACUUCCUGUUUGGCUCGUGAUGUGUUCUGUUAGGUUGAAUUUGCUGUACAAGCACGCCAUACUUGCAAAACAGUGCCGAAACGAAAGCCAGCGGCUCUGCCGUUUUCAACAGCAUUUCCAUUGUGUGAAGACUUAGAAUACAACAGAUGGAGAUUUUUAGGACAUCUGUGACCCUUUUAAGUCUCUGUCUCUUCCAUAGCAGCCUAUCUGAAACACAGAGCCCGUGCAAAGAUCUACCACCAGUUCAACAUGUGGAACCGAACAGCAGUGUGACUGUACCCUGCCCUGUAUUCAGUGCAUCAGAAAUGGUCUUCAAAUUAUAUAAAGGCUUAGAGGCCAUCUUUUCUAUCAGCAUUAAUCAGACAUUCAGAAGCCAGAUUAACAAAAACCCAAAGAUUGAUUUCUCUGCCAAUUUCAAAUUCAACGAUACGGAUAACAGUACCAGUUUUAUCCUGGAAGCUGUAACAAUGAACACUACAGGCCUGUACACAUGUGAAGCCGAGAAAAUCUUUCCUCCUCCAUUUCAGAUAGUGGUACACAAACCACAAACUAUUGUGCUUGUUGAAGGGAGACAAGUUAAACCGCAUCCUGUCUGUCAAGAUGUCGAUCACCUGGUUUUUUGGGUGAUGUUUGGAAUUAUGACCAUAUAUGGGGUGGUAAUGUCUCUCAUCGUCGCCAUUCAAUGGCACAAGUUGAGUCAAAUUGAUACUCCCUUCAAGGACAGAGAAUGCAGACGGAAAUGGCAGGGUGUUCAACAUCCAACCUGGCAGGGGUUUUACAUAGACACUGUAGUAUGAGACUGUCUGACAACAUUUCGCAAAUCCUUCCAAGAACAACUACUAAAACAUUACAUCAGACAGUCAUGUGUUAAAAUGGGCACACGGCAUUCUGAGAGAAACUACAUUUGAAUUUUUUUCCACAGUUUUAUACUUUCAUCGAACCCUCUAUUAAAUGUAGCCAAAAUGUUAUUUAGUAUGUGUGUGUUUUCUAUUUUUGUUUUUCUUUUCUUUUCUUUUCUUUCUUUUUUUUUUUUUUUUUUUACAUUUAUUUGGAAUUAAACAAAACAACAUUUUCCCUUUUUGAUACUGUAUGCACAUAUGUUCCCCUGUCGUCUGACAGGAGGCCUACUGUAUAGACUUAUAUAGACUUUUAUAAA